CACCACCUUCGCCUCUCCCUCUCUGUCUCUGUGUACCGUCCAGUUCGAAAUCGCAAGUUUAUAAAUGCUUGACUGACGUGUUCCCUCAGGUUGAUGCACGAAUUCUGAAGGCAGUUGCCAUUGAACAUUCAAAAGAUGUCGAUGUUGCUGCUGAAGUUGUUCUUUCAGAGGUUAUUCCUUCACUUUCCAGGCGUUCUGCAGCUCCUAGUCCUCCCUGUGAGGAUUCCAGCCCAAGUCUUCCAUUAGAUGGACAAACCGAACAAGAGGAAGAAACUGGGCUGAGGCCUCGGCAAGUUAGUUUGGUGAAAAGUGUGACAUCUUCUGAACCAGGAUUGAUAGCCGAAGAAGAUGAUGGGAAAACUGAGUUAACAAGUGGUGUCAAUGAUGGUGAUUCAACCCAUCAAGAAAAUAGGCAGGAUCAACCUAUAGUUGGACCUUCUGGUGCAAAUGCUGACACCAAUCAGUUGCAAGGGCAUAUUGAAAGUGAGGAAUUGAUACUGCUGGGAAAGCCCCAACACCAAGAAGGCAUUUCACAACCGGGGUCAAGUCAGACUCUGGUACUAGAGUCAAAUGAUUUGCUGCUGGGAGUUAAUGCUGAAAAUAUGAAUUCCAAGCAAUAUAGACAAAUUGAACUUCUUGAAGAGAUUGUCGAAGCUGCUAAAGACAACAAGAAAACCUUGUUUUCGGCAAUGGAGUCAGUUAUGAACAUGAUGAAAGAGGUUGAACUUAAAGAGAUAUCUGCAGAACAAGCUAAAGAGGAGGCUGCUAGGGGAGGUUUGGACAUUCUAGUUGAGGUGGAGAAACUCAAAAAGAUGCUGGUACAUGCAAAAGAGGCAAAUGACAUGCAUGCUGGAGAAGUUUAUGGGGAGAAGGCAAUCCUAGCUACUGAAGUGAGGGAGUUGCAGGCUCGACUACUUAGCUUAUCAGAUGAAAGAGAUAAUGCUCUUGCUAUUCUUGAUGAGGUGCGCCAAACCCUUGAAUCACGACUAGCUGCAGCAGAGGAGCUAAGGAAAACAGCUGAGUUAGAGAAGCUGGAAAAGGAGGAGACUGCACGAAAUGCUCUUGCUGAGCAAGAAAUCAUAAUGGAGAAGGUGGUGCAAGAGUCAAAAAUUCUACAGGAGGAGGCGGAGGAGAAUGCUAAGCUGCGGGAGUUUCUUAUGGACCGCGGUUGUGUUGUUGAUACAUUGCAAGGAGAAAUAUCAGUUAUUUGUCAGGAUGUGAGACUGCUGAAAGAGAGAUUCGAUGAGCGUGUUCCAUUGAGUAAAUCUGUUUCUUCAAGCCAGACCAGUUGCAUUUUAGCCUCGUCAGCUUCAUCCAUUAAAAGCAUGGCAUCCAAUCUGGCUGCUGAAACAGGCGAGACAUCUGAGCUUCCAAAAGAGCCAAUCCUUGCUUGCUCGGUGGAAAGGGAUUUCUCCAACGAGAAACAGCUUUUGGAUGAUGGAUGGGAUUUCGUGGAAGAGUGACCCAGAAACAUAAAGGAGCCCUUGUAAAUAGUUGAAUAAAGUCAACAGUCGCAGUUUAUAGUUAUUUUUAUAUCAACAUUGGUGAUUAUGAUUUUAGACUGCUAGGUUAUCUUAUCAUUCCCUCGCUCACAGCCAAUGUUGAUUUCUAUACAAUCCAUCUCGUUAUUGUUGUAAGAAUUUGAAUAUAUUUUCAGAGCAACUCAUAUUUUCGGCGGUAGAAGCAAAAAUU